CACAACUUCCAAAAAAGUGAGUACACAAUGUUUCUCCACACCCUCUUCAUCUUAUCCCUCUUGUUGGGCUCCUCCCACGCCUUAGAUUUCUGCGUAGCCGACCUGUCGCUGCCGCCGGGGCCGGCGGGCUACCCAUGCAAGAAGUCCGCAUCGGUGACCGUCAAUGACUUCGUGUUUUCGGGCCUAGCAGCGGCCGGGAACACAACAAACAUCAUCAAGGCCGCCGUGACCCCGGGCUUUGACGCCCAAUUCCCAGGCGUGAACGGGCUCGGGCUGUCCAUGGCCCGGCUCGACAUGGCGGUGGACGGCGUCAUUCCGCUCCACACGCACCCCGGAGGGUCGGAGAUCCUCGUCGUCACCCAAGGGACAAUCUGUGCCGGAUUCAUAUCCUCCUUCGAGAAUACGGUAUACGUGAAGCAACUUAACAAAGGGGACGUCAUGGUUUUCCCACAAGGCCUUCUGCACUUCCAGAUAAACUCCGGCGACGGCGUAGCCACCGCUUUUGUCACCUUCAGUAGCCCAAACCCUGGCCUCCAAAUCACGACCUUCGCGUUGUUUAAGAAUGAUUUGCCGACAGAAACCGUGAAUGCCGUCACAUUCCUCGACGUGGCCCAAAUCAAGAAGCUCAAGGGUGUCCUCGGCGGCACCAAUUAGAUCCAUCCCAGAAUUCUAAUCCUUAGUUGGUGUAUCGUUAUUAGCUGCUUGUGCGUCUUUGUGUAUUUUAAUUUGUUGACUGUUGAGCCCUCAAUUUGUUGGCUUAAUUUGAUGGAUGUUUUAUUUUGUUUAUCCAGUUUUCAGGAAUGUUCAAAUGUCUGUGAAAUGAAAUUCUCUGUAACAACUAAAGUUGAUUUUUGAUGA